UGAAACUACUGUCACAUAUAGAGUUACAGGUCUGCAGCUAAGCGUGCCAUUUUGUCUGCCCUCUUACUAUAUGAGUAAACAAUCCCCAGAGCUACUCUGAGACUUCACUUCACAAGUGUUUUACUUUUCAUUUGAUAACCGUCAUAUCAUAUACAUGCAGAAACCACUUUUGUGCAGCACUUUGUAACAAAUACAGAACUAAAACUGCAAUGGUAAAUCAGCACCUCUCAUGAGUUGGUGUCCUAGUCAUUAAGCAGUGCUAGAAAAUAUGAUUGUUACCAGUUAUUUUUGCUGAGAAACACUGUCCUUUGUCUGAUGUUUUAUGCUUUACUGAACAAAUAUUGGCUUCUAAAACCUUUUUUUGUCAGUGACAUGUCACUGCUAGCUGUCAUGUCAGGCUUCCAGCUUCAGGCAGUUCCUGGUCAGGAAGAAAUCAAGAAAACAUUGCAUCGUCUUCCAUGAAUACACAUUUUAGUUUGGUCUGGACAGAUUAAAGUAAGAUUAGAGUAAGCCAUGCACUACCAUACCUGAUGGGGCAGUCAACUAAAGCUCCUAGAGGCCAGGACAUCGAUAGGUGCUUUUGCGCCACGUAGUUCUAGUAACUCCAGCAUAGUGGUUCCUAGAGAACCAAUUUCCCCCUCUGGUCACUUUCCUGGUUGCAUUCGCACCAGCAGGAGGAACUCUGAAGCGGCCGACAGUGACGUCUUUAUUCAUGGCAUUUACAGACGUCAACAGCUGGUGAAUGAUUUGAGCCGUUUUUACACAAAUAUCUGUACUUUCUCCUUCUUCAAACCAGGCUUGUUAUGUUAGUUUUAAUCAGCAUUUGGUGGAUCACCAUUCAAUAACAAAUCUCUAAUUAAUCAUGGAUCAGUUAGUCUUGACUGGCAACGUGAUUCGGCUUGCGUGCGCGCUCUGCGUCUCCACCAAACGGUUUCUAUCAGAGUAAUCAUUGCAAGUGACUCGAGAAUGGAGUGGAAGCGCCCGGGGGAUAAAGACAAAGCUACUGACCUGUUCAGGACUUCAAAUUCAGACACCAAUGCAAGAAUGGGUCCAUCUAACAUAUCAACAGUUAAUAAUACACAAGUGUGUGCCUCAAUCGAUGACUUCCGUAACCAAGUCUAUUCAACAGUAUAUUCUAUCAUCACCAUCUUAGGGCUGAUGGGCAAUGGCUUUGCAUUGUACGUACUCCUUCGUACCUACCGUCAGAAAUCAUCCUUCCACAUCUACAUGCUCAACUUGGCCGUGUCAGACCUGUUGUGUGUCAGCACUCUGCCACUACGGGUGCUUUACUAUGUCAACAAAGGACAAUGGAACCUCGGGGACUUUCUCUGCCGGUUAAGUUCCUAUGCACUGUAUGUAAAUCUCUACUGCAGCGUCUUCUUCAUGAUGGCGAUGAGUUUUACCCGCUUUCUAGCGAUUGUGUUCCCAGUGCAGAACCUGAGGCUAGCCACUGAAAAGAAGGCAUGGAUAGUUUGCGUGUGCAUCUGGGUAUUCAUUUGCACCACCAGUUCACCCUUUCUCCUCUCUGGUCAGCAUACUGAUCCGAAUUCUAACAAAACCAAGUGUUUUGAACCGCCAGAAACGUCCAAAAGCCUGGGAAAACUGAUCGUGUUGAAUUACUUUUCCCUAGUGGUGGGUUUUAUUAUUCCCUUCUUGGUCAUCUUGCUGUGCUAUGCUGGCAUCUUGCGCACUUUGCUUAGAAACACUAACGGUGCGAACAAGCAGCGUUACACGCGUAUCAAGGCCAUUCGGAUGAUUAUUGUUGUGAUGCUGGCUUUCUUGGUUAGUUUUAUGCCCUACCAUAUACAACGCACACUGCAUCUCCACUUCAAAAACCGCAAAGAUGCUAACUGUGAGGAAAUUAUUUAUAUGCAGAAGUCUGUGGUCAUCACCCUUUGCCUGGCUGCUGCUAACUCAUGCUUUGACCCAAUGCUCUACUUUUUCUCUGGAGAGAACUUUCGACAUCGCCUAUCCACCUUCCGAAGGGCUUCUGGAAACAUCGUCGGAACCCACAAAGGCCGCCAUCCUCUCCAAAGCUCCCCACCUGUGGAAGAGAGUGAAUUGCAAAGCUGUAAUGGUUCAAACAAACUUGGAUAGAGGGAAUGGAAAUGCUGACUCUCUGUCAAUGCAGAAGCAUUUCUGAGUCUAAAUCAACAUUAUUCAAUUAUUCAUUCAAAGUAGUAUGAAGAAGAUGAAGAAAAAGAAAAGUUUCUUAUGUACUACAUUAAGUAUUAUGACUGUAAAAAGGUACUAUAGAUCUUGUGCCUGAUUACAAACAAUAAAAUAUACAUUAAAAGGAAUAUAUAUAUAUAUAUAUAUAUAUAUUAAACACACAUUUCAUAGUACUGAAAACUGAACCCCCUAGUAAAUUGUUAUUGGAUGAAGUGUGUGUUUUGUUUUUUUGUUUUUGUUUUUUUUUGUUUUUUGUUUUUUGUUAAUUAAUGAUUUAAAAAGACAUACUCAUAAACAAACAAAGAAACAAAACAUCAUAACAAUAGACUGCAUUCUGUGUAUUCAUUGUGAAAUAUAUUGUAACAGUACCGUGUUUACUUACUUACCAUGCCUUUUUCCAUGAGGAGGAAGGAAUGCAUGAUUCCUCCUGCUUAGGGCCCCCCAUAAUGUUAACAUGCCCCUGUAUUCUUAUAGCAGCAUUUUGGGAUAUGUCAAUGUAAAUACCUAAUGUAACUUAUUGUAAAUACUGUAUCAGUGAUGACUUUAUUAAAACUCAGCAGAAAAUGAGCAGGAAGCAGAAUUUCAUGGCAGGCUACAAUCUGCAAUCAAGGACCAUCAAAUCAGAGACACUGUCAUUGUGGCACCAGCAGGUGUAAUUAGUCCUCCACAGAUAAUCAUAUCAAUUAGGAAAAUCUCCUCCAACACUGUCGUCUUUAGGCAGUCAACCCUGACGAAUGGGUCUGAAGGCAUGGCAUUCUGACUAUCACAUGAAGAAUCUUGAGUUGAGACAAGGGUGGUGAUUCCCCUCCCAAGACAGAGAGCUUGAAUCCCUAUUGAGACCUUUUAACCUCUUCCUUGAACACAGGACUGAAGUCCUCUUCAAACCACUUUCUAAAUAGCAUAGUGACUGCCUUUACAUACCUAAAUGCAUCAGAUCGUUACAAAACAUGGGCAUAUAAUCAAAUACAAUUUCAUAGCACAAAUCUAUAUUAUAUGUGUAACUCACACUUUAAUCACUUGACUUUAAUCACUCGCUGUUCGUUCCAUUGUUACAAAUAAUUAUUGAAUUUGUUUAUAAUGGAGGUCUUCAACCUUUCCCACUGUCUUGCAAAGUUUAUUAAUAACUGUGAUUUUUUUCAAGUGCUCCUGAGGAGCUUGAUUAGCUGGUUCAGGUGUGUUUAAUUAGGGCUGGAGCUAAACUCUACAGGACUGUGAGUCUCCAGGAAAAGGGUUUAAAAAAAACAAAGUAUAUGAUGUUUGGUAUGUGUGUGUUUAAAUUCUCAAAUGGUAAUCAGUUCUGGGUAAAAUGUGUCAUAUUUUCAUUACAGAAUUCAUGAGAGCCGGAAAAUUAGGAGCCAUGUGACUGAGAAUAUAACAGGUGUGUUUUCUUUGAAGCAGCGCUGCAUAGAUCGAUCGUUGUAUGACAUCAAAAUACAAAACAAAAGCUACAGAGAGGCUCUGCAUGGUUUCACAUCGCUUUCAUGGUACUUUUCAUGGUACUUUGAUGUCGUACAAUGAUUGGUCUGUACAGUGCUGCUUCAAGUUGAACGCACCUAACAUUUCUUCUAAUGUGAGUGGUGAGAACAUAGUUACACCCUGUCAACCAGUCAACCAGCGGAGUUUAAAAGCUCAUGACAUGAAUGAAUCAUCAGUAUAGUCAGAUAAACCAACUCUAGUUUAGUGUAUGUCUAGUCCAAAAUCUAACAUCAUCAGCCAACCAUUCUAGUCUCCUUUUUCUUUUCUUUUACUUUUAUUUUCCAUUGAGAGCAUUGUUUUCCAGUUUUUGGCAUCUUUGCUCACCUCAGACUUAAACCUGCCUACGAAACUGUGUCAUUGCCAUUGGUUUUCUUAAGACUUCACUCCAGAUGUGACCAAGAUCUCCAACAAACCUGAGAAACCCCUUUCAGAGAAUGAUGCAACUGAAGUGUAUCUUCAUUCAAGAAAUGCAAAUAAUACCUAAAGAUUCUAGCUGAACUUGUGUACUGAUGUAAUGUUUUAUAAUCAUAUUGAAAACUUAAUGGCAGAGUUAAAUUUAUAAUUGAUGGUUCAUUCAGGUCAGGAUCUAAGAAACUGCAUGCUGCUUGAAACUUUGUUUUUUCCUCAAUGCCUUUUUUUCUUACUAUUGUGAAUGUGUGAGUGCAUAUGUUUGUGUCAGAUUAGUCUACGUGUAUUGUAAUAAAUAAAUAAAAUACCAUUGGUAUUUAAAGAGAAGUGUCUUGUACAUGCAAUAUCUUACUGUAAAUUGACCAAUAGAUGGAUUAUUCAUUUUAUACGUCAUAAAGCAGUGAUACUGUCAAUGUCCCCUGUAAGUACAAUUAUUAAUUCCCUUUGAGGUAAAUUUACCUGAAAUAUGAGUAACACUUUAGAUUACAGGCUGCAAUUGAAGGCGUAAGUAAACAGAAUUAACAGCAUACUUUUUUUGUAAUUACAAUGUACCUAUACAGUACCUCCAAGUAGAUAUUAAGGAACAAUAUGCAAAGUUUGGGGAAUAAAGGGGUAAAAACCUGGAAAAUUACAAAUUAUUUAUAGUGUAAGUAUUUUGAAGCUAAGAGGUACCAAUUCUAAUAUUAUACGAUAUAUAUGACCUAUUAUACUAAACAACAGUCAUAUGUUUGCAAGCAAUUUAGCAAGAACAUAGAUGGUGUAACUUUUAUUAGUGCACAUAAAAAAUGCUGGGUUAUUAUUUCAAUCCAAAUGCUAGGUUGAGACUGUUGGAUUAGAAAGCUGGGUUGAUUUUACCCAAUUUGGGUUGACAAUCAUAAAAGCUAAGUAAGCCACUGGUGCUGUAGGAAUGUGGACGUGAAAAAAGAGCGUGCACGUUGUGCGAGUUCAAAGGCAAAUGGUCCUGUGUGUGCCGAUAUCCGUAUUUGCAGUGCUUCUGACAGGAAUAUGCAUGGAAAAUAGCUCUAAACUAAUCGAAGCGCACAGGAGUGACAACUCUAAACUGUCUGGAGUGUGUUCUUUUAAAACUGAACCAGUGAAUGUGGUAAGCAGGAACUGGAAACAGCUGGAAUGGUGCUAGAGACAAAUCGGUGUUUGCCUUGCUUAUGACAGGAAUAUGUGUGCAAAAUAGAAUGGAACUGACUGGAGUGUUUUCUUCUUUCUUCAGAGUGUUUUCUCACAAACUUGAGCAGUAAAGAUGGAAAAUGAACAAGUUGAAAUAGUGCUCGAGAGGACUGUGGAUCAAAAUAGUAAAAUCAAAGAUCAUAAUUCCUGUUGAUUCGCUAUAAUACACAAUUUAUUCUUGACUUUCAGUUUUUAUUGCAGGCCUUCAGUGUGUUUCUUUGCAUUAUGUUUUGGCCAUAGUGGUAAGUUAGUGGCUGAAAAAACAUUAACAAAAUGAUCAAAAUCUCAAAUUUGUUCUUUAAUAUACAUUAAGUUUUUCAGUAUUGAACUUUUCAGAAGCAUUUUGGUUUAACUGUAUAAGCUGUGUAA